AAGAAGAAGAAGAAGAAGAAGAAGAAGAAGCAGCAGCAGUAGAGGCGGCAGACGGACACACAGAAGAAGUGGAUGAGCAUGUAACUGUUAAAUCGUGUACAAGUUAGUCAUAGAUGGGAUUUAUACUGGACGCGACAUGGACGACCCAUAUCGCCACUUUCCGCCAGACACACAGCAGCCCCCGGCCUAUCCAGGUGGCUUCCUGGAUACACCAUACUCCGCUAACAGACCACCACCGAGCAUGAACACUCAGCCGGACCACUCUGCGCUACAGUGGACACCAGCCCUGGGAUAUGACAAUCGCCCGUGCGACUUCAGGCGAGAUUUCCCGACGCCUUGUUCCGGCGGAGGAUGGUUCGGAGCGCCUCGCUUUGCCCCUCCGUAUGGAUAUGACCCAUCCGUCCCCCUGCCACCUUUCGGCUGUCCACCCCCUGAACGCUUCCUCCACGACGUUCCCGGCGCCGGUGUGGGACCGUCACCAUUCCAAAUAAUUCCCCAGCAUGUUCGGUCCGGUUCGCAGACUGCCACGUGCGACCCAGACUCCUUUCAGAAACAACAUCAUAACUAUCAGGAUUUCUGUGACGGCGGCGCAGCUCCGUUCGGUUGCACUCCGCGGGGUAAGGACCACGACCGAAAUGUGGGAACGGCGACACAAGCCAAGGACGAAACAGCCCUUCAGAGGAGGCAGGACCAGCAGUGGAUCCGGCGGUUCUUACAAAGAACAGGCAAAACCUCCAAGACGCCCCAGGCCCGGCAGCAGAAGAGCGGUAUCGCUAGCACGAGAGAGGCGCUUGACAGGGCAGCUCAGCUCAUCUCACAGCUGGCGGAGUCCUGUAAAACUCUCAGGGACAGCGCUGAGAACGAGCCCGACUGGACGGAAUCUUAUUCCAUGACUAUAAACGCGAAGAGAGAGCUGCAGGACUGUCUGGCCGCCCUCAGCGACAGCAGGUGUGUAGAAACCAUACUGUCCCGUGUUGCUAAGAGAAGAGCGAGGCGACUGAGAACCAGGGAGCUGCAGAUGCUGGAGGCAAAACAGAGAGAGGAUUCCAUCUCUGAGAAGGAGGCCGCAAUAGAUAAGUGGAGGAUGCAGCAAGUACAUCAAGUAGAAGAGAAGAAGAAAGAGCAGGAACUGAAGCUUGCUGCAGACGCUGUUCUCUGUGAGGUGAGGAAGAAGCAAGCAGAUGUGAAGAGGAUGCAAGAUGUCCUGAGAUCUCUUGAGAAACUGCGCAGAUUGAGGAAAGAGGCAGCAUUGAGGAAAGGUAUCAUCACUGAGCAAGAAUGUGAACAGGCAUUUAGCAGCCGACUGGAACAGCUGAGGUGCGUGUUAAAGAGGAGGACAGCAGUCUACUCAACAGAGGAGAAGGCUCUGAUGGUGAUGCUGGAAGGAGAGCAGGAGGAGGACAGAAGACGAGAGCGAGAGAAACGAGCGAAGAGGGAGAGGGACCGACAGCUGCAGAGGAAACACAAAGUGGAUACCAUGUUGUUUGGAGAUCAGCUACCUACUGAUUCUUAUCUGCAGCCCUUCAGAGCAUAUUACACCCAAGCUGAGCGCUCACUGCAUGCUUUGCUACAAGUCAGGAGAGAGUGGGAUGCGUUUGUGGUUUCAGCGGGUCAUCCUGACGGUUCUCCUGUUCCUCAGAGCUGGGUUUUGCCUGAUGCCCCCUCAGACCAGGCCUGGGCCUCUGCUCUGCACACAGCUGACACUGAGUGAGACACACUCUGACUCACAAUUUGUCAUGUCAGCUAAUCCCUGCUGUCCAAGACUCGGUUAUUAAUCCAAACCCAAACUGUAGCUCUCUGUAGAAGUAAACAGUUAAUGAUGUCAACAUUUUGUUACCCUUUUUUUUUCUUGAGAGAGAGAGAGCAACAACAUUAACUUGAACAAAAAACAAAUUGUGUGGUCUGAUUUCUUUCAAUUUGGAUGCUUUCACGGGAACUGCAUUUUCCUGGAACUGUGACUGUGUAACACUAUAUAUCAGAUCCAAUAAAUGAUGGUCACAAUGACAAAGAGCGAGAUACCUUUGGUUCUGCUAUUUGAAUAAACUUUAUGUUGGCUUUUUACUCCAGCAGAUUUA